AUGGAGCUGCCGCCGCUCUCCACCGCGCAGCUCGAGCAGCUGGCUGCGUCGAACCUGCCUCCUUCACAGCUCUUCGAGAUCCUCUCGCGGUACGAAUCAGAUGCCUGUCUCAUGGUAGCGGAUAGCGGUCACCCAGAUGCUAGCGGUGGUGAUCCUCAGCUACUGAGCCUAUUCUAUUCCAGCUUCUUUUUCGCCCACCUUCUCACCAACCAAGUACCAGAAGCCCGCGCGUUGACCCAGCGAAUGCCAGAGACCCUACGGCAUCAAGACCCCUCUCUGCAGAAUUGCCUUACGUUGCUGCGAGCGGUAUGGCAGACUCAGCAUGCUCAAGUUUACGAAACCCUAAGGAAUUUGCCAUGGCCAGAGCCACUAUACCCUUUAGUUCGAAGAUACGAAAGCUUCUUCCAAGACCGAACCUUGAUCGCUGUCAGCACUUCCUACGAGGCGAUACGGCCUGCUGUGGCGGCGGCCUACUUGGGUCUUGAUUCGCAGGCCGCAGAAAAAGGCGACCAGAGCAUUAUACAGAAAUUUACCGACUGCGGGUGGACGUGGAGCCCGGAGAGUCAACUACUUCACCCUGUCCCGAUUACCGUUCCGUCCACCGAGGAACAACCCUCCACUGGUAUCCGUGAUGCGAUGGCAAUGCUCGGAAGCCGUGCAAGCUAG